AACAGUGGGGUUUCAUUCAUAAAUACUUCAAGCUUUAAAAUCCACAUUAAAGUGAUCACUGAAGAGUUUGGCGGUAUCGGCUUUGCCCCUGCACCCCUGCAUGGACCAGGCUGCUUCAGUGGCCAUGCAGCACUACCGUCCUGCCAGCACUCCGAGGCCAGUGGGCCAGCCUUGAGGGGGAUAAACGCCACUGCUCAGUCUCAGUCAGCUGGCAAGGCUGAGGUGGCUGAGGAUGCAGCAAGGGAGCUGAGGAGGAGACUCCUGAGCCACACAGCCUGACACACAAAUCUAGAGCUGCUGCUGCUGCGCACUGCCCUCCAUCAGGGGGGACCCUCUAGUUGGCCUGGACCAUGAGCAAUGAGUCUACCGUCUGGAACACCCUACCAGAAAACUCCACAGAGAUCCCGAUCAAGGCCGAGGAGCAGGGAGAUGGCUAUGUGCUCCUCUUGGUGAUCCUCUCCAUCUUCUUGGUAGGAGCAUUUAUCAUCACCUCUGUCCUCUUCAUCGUCUGCCGUCGCAGCUGGCGAGGAGGACAAUGUUGUGCCAGGGCCAGCGAUGACCCUGAGAAAACCACCACCACCUACUUGGAGGAGUCCCAGCCCACCCAUGAAAUCACCAUCAGGGUGGAUGAGUCAGAGUGCCUGUCGAUGGCCAGCUCUCACGACCAGGAGACUGAGCGCUUCCUCUCCACGGGCACCACCGGACGCCGUGUCUCCUUCAAUGAGGCUGCGCUCUUCGACCACGGCAAGAAGGCUCAGGAGAAGGGCCGCAGGUAUACUCUGACUGAGGGCGACUUUCACCACCUGAAGAACGCCCGGCUCACAAAUCUCCACAUCCCCUCCCCAGCCCUCAAGAUAGUCACUAUCCAUGAGUGUGACUCUGGUGAAAACAGCCUCACCAUGACAACAACGCGCCCUGUCACUAAGUCGGCCCUCUCCAUCUUUCAGCCCAUGUUGUGCCCCCUGCCACAAACAGCGCUGACCAGUCUCAGUGUCAAUCCCAGCUGUGCCCUCCCUGGAGAUGCUCUCAACUCUGUGGUGGAUACCAGCUUUGGUGACAAAGCUAAAGCUCUAAGGAUGAAAGAGCCAAGCUCAAUCGAGAUAAUGGGAAUAGGUCCUCGGGGCAGAGGCAGCAGCAUCAGUGUUGGAGAAGGAGCCUUUGUAGCGAGCGGUGCCCCUCCUGCCAGUGGUGGUGCAGGUAGCCAGGGGCCCGUGCUGCAGUUCUUUACCAAACUGCGGCGCCAUGCUAGUCUGGAGGGGGCCAGUCCGUACUUUAAGAUCAAGAAAUGGAAGCUGGACAGCAGCCAGAGAGCCUCCAGUCUGGACACCAGAGGCUCUCCAAAACGGAGACAAUUCCAGCGGCAGCGAGCUGCAAGCGAGAGCAUGGACCAGGACGACAAUGACGCCCACCACAUAGACCUCAUCCAGUACAUCGCCCGCACCCAUGACAUCCCCUACUGUGCCACCCAGCCCACCACACGCCUCCUCUCACCGCCUUCCACACCACCGCCCUCCCUCGGCAGGGUAGAGGUAGAGGUCAUAGUGGAGCCCAGCUGCAGCCACGGAGGACCAGGGGUGAUUGGCUUGUCCCCUGAUCCCCAAGAUGAAGCACUGUCCCUAGCAAGACGGGAGGGUGCAGACCCUUUGGAACCCCCAGAUGCCCAGGACCCCCUGUCACUUUACAAAGACAUCUGGACCCUUCGUGCCUCACUGGAACAGAACGCUGCCUCCGACCAGAGCAGCAACAAUGACAGGAACUCGGUCUGCAGUGAUGCUGACAGCGUGUGUUCACUGGGAGGACGCACAGAGACAGAAAGAGGAGGACUACCCAGAUAUCCGUCCCAGGAUUUAGGAGAUGAAGCAGAGGGUGGAGAGUAUGACAAGGACAUUAUGAUGUAUACAGAUGAGAGGUUUGGUGUGAAAGAUGGAAAUAAGAGGAAACAGGGAAGCACAGAAUCUGAGAGAGGGAGCAGCGACAGUGAAACAGGGACUCGUAAAUUGCUGCAGAUGGACAGCGGCUACGCCUCCAUAGAGGCUCCGUCUCGAGGUCCAGAGGAGCUGCGCCUUGGCAGCAUGAGCGGCAGCCCCAAGGACAGAACAGCCCACGAGAAGAGGCACCACUUCACCAAUGCAGGGCGAACUGGCACAAUUGGUGAGAGCUUUGAGUCUCAUCUCUUUGAGGAGGAGCCAGAAGAUGAGGUGUUGUUGGGUGCCAGCGGCGGGGUUUCCAUAGAAACAGGAGCUGGCUCACUAAGCUGGUUCCCUUACGGUCAAAUGAUCACACCUCGAGAGGCUGUGCAGCCAUCACCUGAACCGAUGCUGCACAGACGAGACUACAGCAUAGAUGAGAAGACGGACGCCCUUUUCCAUGAGUUUCUCCGCCACGACCCUCAGUUUGACCAGCAGGAGUCACCGCUAAGGAAGCACCGGUCCAGAAUCCACCUUCGCAAGCAGUGGCAGCGGCACAAGCAGUGGAGUGAUCCUGGUGUCAGACACUUCCACAGUUCUUUUGAAAGACAGCGCACCCCGCUACGAAGGGGGGAAAGUGUGAACUACCCACUGGAAACAAGCUACCACAGUACACUUCCCAGAAUCGUCAGUGCUCCUGACGAGGAGAACAGCGACGGCACUGGAAGCACCCCGACCACUCCAAAGGUUGAGCCCACAACUACUGACAAUGGAGGUAAGGACAAGGAUCAGGACCGCAUCUCCUCGUCUCCACCACCUCUUGCAACCUGUGUCUCAGAGAAAGACGGAGCACCGAGCGAGCACCAAGAAACUCAGGAGGACAGCAAACCAUCUGGACUCCCUCCCGAGCCCCUGGAUGAGCGCUCGCCUCCUCAGCUACCCGACUCCUCAGGCUACGGCCCGCAAACCAUCACUGCUGAGCUCACGGACAAACUGACUGCUCACCUGGACGAGAGGCUGUACACAGGCCUACGCAGGACCAAGGACUCCACUGCUGAGUGUGUGACGGUGACGGCCACACACGCUUCUCCAGACCAUAGCCCAGUGUAGCAGGGCUCCGUCAACCUCCUCAUCAACCUUACUCCUGCUGAUACUUUUUCUUUCUGUUUGAUUUGUCUUGCCUCUAUUGUCUAAAUGUCUCUCAGUAAUCAGCUUGAAUGAUGUGAUCCAGACACAUCAGUGCUCAAUGGAGAUUUAUAUCAACCCAUACUUGAACACAAGACCAUCUUAGACUCAGUUAGUAAUACAGUCAGUGUCUCUCUGCGCCUGUUAACAUUACUGUUCAAUGUUGCAUCAUAUUAAUUACUGGGAAACAGAAGAACAGAGCUUACAUCUAAAUAGUCAUGUGGUUUAAGUAAUAACUGUCACUGUCUCUCCUGCUGUCAGUCCUGUUUUUGCUCCCCAUUAUGAACAAGACGCUGAGAGCCAGCAUGGCCUUCACACUCAUUGAUCCACUGUGAAACCAGGUGCUAUUAGACAAGUACAAAGUGACAGAUCUGGAUGUAACAGUUAACCCUUCAAAUCCUGUAGUCAUGGAUUAGUGGAGCUUGUCAUGUGAUAAAAAAAAUGACUUAGAAUAGCAGAAUUGAUCUACCAAAGCUAUUUAAGGCAGACUGUAGUACUUCAACCUGUUCAGUAGUUUCCAAUCUAUAGUGAUCCCAAUAAGAAGUCUGAGGUUUAUUAAUAGAAAGUGUAGCAUAAUUGUCUGUCAAAUUGGAAAAAAUGCUUAGGAUUGCUAGGAACGGUUAGCGUUGUUCCCGAAUUUUGAAGAAAAAAAGUUGAUAUUGAUACAAGAGUUGCGGUUACUACAUGUUGACAUACAACCACCUGUACAGCUACAAUAGUAAGGGAAGAUAUCUCUUCAUUCACUUGGGUUGUCAAUGCGUUCCAUGGUUAGCCAGUGUUUUCAGGUGCGAACUAUUUGGAUCAAAUUCUGCUCCUCAAAAAAAUAAAUUGAGCCUUAAACUGAGGGAAUAAAAACAUGCAGAUAAUGUAAAACACAUAUUUAACAGAUAUUCUUGGGAACACACAACAAUGGAACCAUCGAUAUACUCACUUUGUCCUCAUUGGGUGUCUGAUUGGUCGUGAUUUUUCUUGUUUUCUGUGAAAUUGCCUCUCAUCUAUGUGACAACUCUUAUCUUUAUCUAUUAUGAGUUUCACUAUAUUUUGUAUGUCUGCAUUGCUUCAGUCACAGUGAAAAAAAGGGGACAGGAUCUACACCAACAGAUAAAAACUAGCAAACCAGACAGCCACUAGCACUGUGGUAUGACGCAUCAGUCACAAAUCUCUGACAUGACCUCUGUACCAACAGGAAGAACAAACUCAGUCCUGUGCACGGGUUCACCAUCAUGAGGAGACUGGUUACAGCUAUGAGACAUGAUGGCCUCCCUCGCAUUUGUUUAGAUUUACGGCAUUUAUCAGAAAGGCAUGCUUUCUUGUGCAUGGGGUUCACAGAACAGGCUUAAUUUUUCCCCUCCAACAUUCUUGUUUUUUUUCCCGUCCCCUCCUCCUCCUUCUUCUUCUUCUUCUGAGAAAGUUGACAAUGUCUUAGAUGUCUCCCAUGCUCGGGCCUGAGGACUUUGCUUUGUGCCAGCUUAUAAAAACCAGACUGAACAGUGAUGGUAUUUGUAGUACAGUCCAUUUUUGGCUUCCUCUGUGGGAUUAAAACAAAUUGGCACAUGAAAACGAAUUAGCAGAUUAUGUUCUGGUGGUAAAAAGUGCAAGAAACUUUCAGAUUUUUUUAUAAAAUGUAUUUUUUUGUUUGUACAUCUCUGCUUUAGAUCCUGCGCAGUAGCAGCGGGUUGAUUUUAACCCAGUUUCCCUCAUAAAAUCUUAUUCCCUGAGGGGCUAUUGGGCUUUCCGUCUCUCCCACAUGCAGCAAGGGGAGCCACUGCAGAAGAGUGUGAUGAAUAUUAAUCAUAACAAGAGAAGGAUUCCCGCCUUUCAUCCCGUCUCCCUGCCCUCAUUCUUCGCGGCUGUUACCUUGCAGUAAAUUGAAAUGACUGAAUAGAAAAUCAGGGCAAAAAAACAUUACCCUCCUCUGUGUGUGUGAGUGUGGGGGUGGGGGGUGUGGGUGGGGGUGUUGUAAUGAUGAUGCUCCUCUUCAGCCUGCCUAGAUUAGAUCUGUCUCCAAUUUGUGACAGGGAUCUCCUUUUGUGGCUAAGUGGACUCUGAGGCAGAGGCUGUUUUCCUCAUUAGGAGAGAAAUGACUGAGAUUAAAGGAGGUGAGCUCCAAUGAAGAGUAGAGAGGAUAGUGAUGUUUUUUGCUCCGUCCUUUCUUUCAUGUAGGCUCCCUUAACACACAGACACACACACGCACAUUGUUUCCCAUUUUUCCAUAAAUAACUCAAUGUUUUGCAAUCACGUGAUGUGUUUUCAUGACAGAGCUGAUCAGCAGAAAGGAAAUGAAACCCCCCUGUCUCAGUAAUGAUGGAAAUGACGCAUCCCUGUUGACAGGAAUUACUCAGCUAAUUCUGACAUUUCCUGGAAUAGGGGAAGACGGCUCCAUUUCCAACAAAUCAAAGCAACCAGGUCCUACAGUAGAGGCAGAAUGAGAAGAGAACAGCACAGUAACUGCAACAGUAGAAAGAGAAUGGCCAUAAGGGAAGUUUUAAAAAUCUGUACGUGUGUACAAAGAUUUAACUUUGCUGUCUAUACAAGCACAAUCUACGCGGAGCUAGACUCAAUCAAUGUCCUUUAUUAGCUAUAGACAGAUACUGUUUAACUGAGGACACUGUGUGUUUGUAUACUAACCAGUAGCCUGUCAAAUGCAUUGAUGCAUAGCUGUGUGUAGGUCUGCAUGAGAAUUUACAUUUUAGUACAAAUAUUCCUGUUUUCUCAGACUUACAGUACAAAAUGAUCAUAGGUAAUGCUCCAGACAAAACAUUGAUAUGACUAGAUUUUGUACUUUAUGGAAUCCACUUUUAAAAGUCAUGCUAGGAUGCUGUAACUGAUGAGAUUUUGUGAGAUUUAUCCCCUUGAAAGUAGAAGUAUUUCUGUAUUCCUUGCUUGUUAGUUAAUUGCUUAAUUUAUCCAAAAAGAAGACAAGCUUUCUUAACAACUUUGCUUUUGUUGAUCCAAAUCUUAUGAGCCUUGAGGGACCAAAUCAUAAAAAAAAGUGUUAUUCCAGAAUUGUUUUCCAAUCUGUGAAUAAAUGAAUGAAACA